GACGUCACUUCCUUCACCAAAAUGCCGGCCGAAAAUCUCGAGGAGCAGGGUUUACCUAAAAACCCUAAUUUAGGGCUAGCACAGUUAAAGUUUAUGUUAGGGUCGGAUAAACAUAAACAGGACAAGAGUAUACAGGACAAAUUGCUUGAAGCUAUCAAGACAGAUAAUAUGGCUCCUUACUACGAAGAGGUCUGUAGGGAUUUGGGAUGGAGCCUAGACAGCAAACUCCUCCAGCAAAUGAAGGCAGCUAAUGCUGACAAACUGAAGAAGCUGGAUGAGGCUAUUGAAGAUGCUGAAAAGAAUCUUGGCGAGACAGAGAUCCGUGAUUUUAUGUUGGAGAAGGCUGAAUACUUAAGCAAGAUCGGAGAUAAGGACGAAUGCCUGUCCCAAUUCCGCAAGACAUAUGAGAAGACAGUGACAUUAGGCUACAGACUGGAUAUUGUAUUUCAUCUCAUUAGACUAGGCUUAUUCUACAUGGACCAUGAUAUCAUCACAAAGAAUCUGGAAAAAGCACAAAGUUUGAUAGAUGAAGGUGGUGACUGGGACCGGCGUAAUCGACUCAAGGUGUACCGUGGUAUCUACAAUAUGUCAAUCAGAGACUUCAAGAGUGCAGCCAACCUGUUCCUGGACACAAUAGCAACCUUCACGUCCUACGAGUUGAUGGACUACCACAUGUUUGUAACCUACACAGUCUUCUGCAGCAUGAGCUUGGAGAGACCCGAUCUCAGGGAGAAGGUUGUUAAAGGAUCUGAGAUAUUAGAAGUACUCCACAGUCUGCCAGACAUCAGGUCAUAUCUCUUCUCCCUGUACGACUGCCAUUAUGGAGAUUUCUUCAGGGCCUUGGCUGCUGUUGAAGAAUUGAUGAAGUAUGACCGGUACCUGUAUCCACACUUCCGCUACUACGUGAGGGAGAUGAGGAUCAUGGCGUACGCUCAGCUCCUCGAGUCCUACCGCAGUCUUACUCUAGACUACAUGGCUGAUGCUUUCGGGGUUACAGUAGACUUCAUGGACAGGGAGUUGGCUCGCUUCAUAGCAGCUGGGCGUCUUCACUGCAAGAUCGACAAGGUGGGAGGGAUUGUUGAGACCAACAGACCAGACAGUAAAAACUGGCAAUACCAGGCAACCAUCAAACAAGGUGACAUCUUGUUGAACAGAGUCCAGAAGCUGAGUCGAGUCAUUAACAUUUAAUGUUAGGAUCCAAGUUUUUGUACAUAAGUCCACAUCAUCAUGCCGUCAUAUUUAUAAUCAUAAAUACACCCUGUGCUUACUUCAUGUCAGUCGAUAUGUAUGCAUUCUUUGUUUCAAGGUGUAUUAAAGGCAUCUCACAGUCAA